UGUUUUCUGGGGUUGACUUACUCUGAGUUUGCACUUACCCUGCUUUCUGAAACAGGCCCCAGCAGAUGUCACCCGUGGGCGCAGUAAACAGUGCGCACGUGACACCGCAACAGCCUGUAAAAUCCUUUCUGCCGUGUUUCUGUUUUUUUCUUGUAAUCCGUGACGAGCGUCUCCUGUCCGAACCCCGUAAUCAACACGCACAACAAACAAAACUGGAUCAGUGAAAAUGGCGAGCAGCGAGGAGGAGGGUUUGGAGGCCUGGUUCCCCGCGCCCGUCGGCGGAGAGGACGAGCCCGAGCUGCGGCGGCUGCGGGAGCGUCUGCGCGGGUGGCUGUCGCAAUACGAGCCGGCGCUGAUCUCCGCGCAGCGGCUGCUGGUUUGGGAGAGGCCGCUGCACAGCAGCAUCGCGGCGCUCAUGCUCAACACGGCGUUCUGGCUUCUUUCGUCUACGUCCUUGCGACCCUUGUUUCUCCUGGCUGUGUCCCUUAUUGGACUGACCCUUCUGGAGAGAUGGAAAGACAAGCUGCCACAGAUCUCUGUGUUUCAUACAGAGGUUGCUGUGGUUAAACGUUGUGAGAAUGAGUCGGUCGUAAAUGUUUCGUUUCACAGUGAAGUGAUAUCGGAUCAGCCCCAUCUGUUAAGUGUGGAUGAACUGAGCCAUCAUCUAGCAGAAAGUUACCUGACCUUCACCCUUUACAUCCAAGAAACACUGCAGUAUAAACGCCAGAAUCACGGCAAGUUCUGUAUUAUGAUGUGUUCGGGAUGUUUUCUUUUGGCUGCGGUUGGACAUUACAUUCCCGGGAUUAUGAUCUCCUACAUUAUAUUGCUGAGUGUCCUGCUGUGGCCGCUGGUGGUCUAUCAUGAGCUCAUUCAGAAGAUGUACACCGGACUCGAACCCAUCCUGAUGAAACUCGACUACAGCAUGAAGGGAGACACACAGCGGCGUAAAUACGAUAAGAGAAAGCUGAAGAAGGAGCAGGAAGAGGGAGAUGAGCCCAGGGCGGAAACGGAGAGCGAAAGCGAGGAAGAGCUCUCCUGCUUCGCCACGACCGUGGAUGUUAAGACUACAGCUCUGGCGAUGGCCAUCACUGACUCUGAGCUAUCGGAUGAGGAAGUGUCUAUACUGGAGAGUGGAGGUUUCUCUGUAUCCAGAGCAACCACCCCUCAACUUACAGACGUCUCUGAAGAUUUGGAUCAACAAAGUGUCCACAGCGAACCAGAGGAGGCGUUCACCAGAGACCUAGCAGAGUUUCCAUCGGUGGACGAGUUGCCUUCUAUUGAACCGGGUCUGUUUCAUUUCCCCCUGCGUGUCCUCGGGUCCAGCCAAACCCGAGCUUCCGGUUCAGAUCUCCAGGAGGAGCGGCUGUCGCCGGCCAGCCUCCUCAUUCAACACUUAGCAUCCCCGCUCCACUUCGUCAACACGCACUUCAACGGAAACGGACAGGCCGCGGGGUCGGAGCAAAGCAUUGUGGUUACUGAGCAAGUCCCGACACCCGCUCGCUCCCUGGAGGCGCUUAGCGAGGAGAUAGUGACCACGGCCAUCUCCACCGUUGUACAAAACACUCUUUCGGCACUGUUGCGGUCUACGGAGGCCAGCGAGGUGUCCUCCUUGGGCUCCUUUCUUCCCACCGAGACACCUCCUUGCCCAAUGGAAACGCCCCUCGAGUCGGCAUCCGCACAGGAAGCCAUUGCGGAGGAGGAGGAUGAUGUGGACACGACGGAAGCCAGCACGGAAGAGCAGCCAGAUGUCACGCUCGUGCCCGCCGAAGAAGAGGACUUUGAACUUCUGGACCAAAGCGAACUGGAACAGAUGGAUGAGGGGCUGGGCUUUGAGGGACAGGAAGAGGGCGGGGUGUCUGCCGACACGCCCCCGAGCAAUCAGCAGCCGGCAGAACAGCAGGACUCCUAGCUUCCCAACUGUAAACUGUUUCUUUUUAUUUAUGGUUAAUGUAGAUUCCGUAAACUGACACACGCAGCAUAUGUUUUGUGAAAGGGUACGUUGAGGUCGACUAUGCCUUUUAGUUUGUUUUCAUGAAUGAGAUCACUGUGAUUGUUGGCGGGUUUGUCGAGCAGUGAAUGUCGUGUCUUGCAAAACGUACGACACCAAGUCCGAUUUGAGAUGGUAAAUCGUUUUUUUCUCUAGAGAUUCACGUUCAGCCUCGAACCAACAGCAGCAAAUUAAGCCGCUCGGGUUUGAAAAUCAAUGUAAGGGAAGAGUUCACCUAAAAAUGAAAAUCAUAUGUAUUUCCAUUUAUUUAUUGAACAGAACAGCUAAUUUUACUGAUGUUAUUUUCGUGCAAUGAAAGUCAAUAGUGACCCAGAGCUGUCAAGCUUCAAAAUAGAUUCAAAGUCUUCCGAAAGCCAUACGACUUACAUUUUUUUGUGCGUUUUUCACACAUAGUAGUCCUAUGUAAUGAAAAGUAAAUAUAGCGCAUGAGAUAUUUGAAUCACUUUAUUUCUCCUGGUAGAACUGGCCAGCCUCUCGUCCCCAUUCACUUACAUUGUAUCAAAUUGCGUGCAUGUUUUUUCCUUGCGUGUUCAGCAGAAGAAAAUCUUGCAGUUUACAGAAUUUCAACAUUUGGGUGAACUGCUCCUUUCAAAUAGACUGAAAUACUUUCAAUGUUUACUGCAUAUCUUGAUACUCAUCACAUCUCUGUAACGGAUAACAGGAGACAUCGGUUGCCAGUCCCUGACUGACCAUCAUCAUAAGGUUUAAUGAACUGGUUUUAACUUUUCAAACCUGCACAUUAGUAAAUAGUUAUGGAGAUUAUAAAAAAUAUCAUAAUUAACUAAUGAACUAAUAUAUUCUGGAAUAUAUACAUAUAAAGUGGAUGAUUGUAUUUAUUAAAAUUGGUCGGAAUGAAAAU